UACCAUUAGGGAAAAUUGACAAUCGUGAACAGGCAAACAAAAUCAGAAAAAUUUAAUAAUUAUUUUGAUUGAAAUUCUUUUCCCUGAAAAAUACAUUUCAUUUUAUUAAAAAUAUGUCAGAAAACCAAAACGAGCCAAGUUUGAGUCAAUAUUUUGCCAACGAUCCUCCCAGUUUUUUCGAUCAUCUUGCAGGAAAAGAUGGCAAAAAAUCCGCCCAGGUUCCAGAAUCAUAUGCUUCGUAUGACUUACUUCAAUCAUCAUCAAUGGUUGAUCCGAAAUCUAACGUUCCAGACAGCGUUCGUGAUUUGUGGGAGCUACCCGUGUUAGAACCGAAAGUAUCCGUCCCACUCACUAUGCCCGGUGUAAGUGUGGCCACUGAUUUGAAUGAUCCUGUGCAGGAGGCGGUUAGUGUUCUUGUGGACCCGGUGGAAGCUCAGCACCGGAAAAUCCUAUCACCGGACGAUGUCACGCAAGACGAGCGCGGUUUGAGGGAACUGAUCGAGCACGGAUGUUUCCGAUCGGCCGUCAAUCUUACGGCCAGGUUGUUAUUUAUUAAGCAGCAAGGCUUUGGCCGGGCAGGUUACACAGUCAAACAUUCGCCCAACUCGUUACAACUCUGGUUCACACGGUUGGCACUUUUGGUGAAGCUUGGCCAGUUCGAUAUAGCCAACGUUGAGGCGGAACCGUUUGGGUCACUGAACAAGCCAGACGUGUUCUACGAAUUUUACCAUCCGGAUAUGCAUUCGGAUAAGAAAGGAUCAAUGGCUUCAUUUUCAUUUAGGUUGCUGUUGGCGGAACUACCAAUUUAUCUGGGAUUCCCAAGAGUUGCACUGGAUCGCUUGACUGAAAUGUUGGCCAUUACCAGUCAAAUUAAAAAUUAUUUCGAACGAUUGCCGAAAGAAGAGGCCAAUAAAAAUUCGGCACAUUUUUGGCACUUGAGAGAAAAGCGCCUUCUACAUUCCAUCGUAAACUGUUCGAUUAUUUUGAAGGAUUUCAGUCUUACUGAUCAGUUGAUUCGUCGGCUGGCUGACGAUCAAACUGCGUCUGUGGAUGAGAAGCGUUCGUUAAUGUCUGCAUGGGGAAGAAUUCGGCUGCAGUGCGGAGACAUCUACGGCGCAGAGAAGAAAUUCUCCGAAGCGAAAAGAUUACGAGAUGGCGAUCAAACCGAGCAACCAGAUGUGCGAGAUCUAGUCGAUCGUGGCUUGCUGGCGGUAGCACAAAAUGAUUUUCAAAGUGCUUUUGAUUUAUUCCAGAAGGCAUCUGUACUGGAGUCCAACAACACCAUGCUUUAUAAUAAUAUGGGAGUAUGUUUGUUGUAUUCGGGGAAGCUGAAGGAUGCAAUCAAAAUGUUUGAGAGCGCAGUUCAAAGAAACCCGAAACUGGCACUAAACGAGUCAUUGUUGGUUAAUAUCUCCACUCUUUACGAAUUGGAGUCGAACAAUGCGAAAGAUAAGAAGAUUGCACUCCUGAAAUUGGUCAACAAGCAUCGAGCGGACUUGUGCGUGGAUUUAGAUAUUUGCCUGAAGCUUAAAAUCGUUGCAUAAAACUUGAUUUAUACAAUCAACGACACAGCUAUCGCAGUUUAGUAUUAGGCACAUAGUUUUAAUCUGUUUAAUUACAGUAUAUCUUGUAAAAAAAUAAACUUUCGAGAUUUGUUGUAUUUAUUGUAAUGUUGUCUCGGGAUUACACCCAGGUUUUUUUUUACACGGUUGGAAUUCAUUAAUUUCUCGGGUAACCUGAAUUUUCACUGCUUUCUAAAUACCCCCUGAAUUUUCUUUGAUUUUUUCUGAAUUUUUUCGUGGGGUUAACUCAUUGUUUCAUUGAUGCUGAAGGUCUUAAACGACUAAAACCAAACCGUAUAAAAAAAACCUGGGUGUAUUAUAUUACCACAUAUUACCUAAAUAAAAAAGGAUGCUUUAAAUAUUUGUUGUGUCUCAAAAAUACCCAAUACA